UCGUUGUUUCAUUCAGAGUUCAAUUGCCCUCGCCUGCUUUAGUAUUAAAAAACUACACUAUAUAUAAAGAGAAACAUGUCUGACGGAGAAGAAGAUCAAACCGCCAUCGUCUGCGACAACGGAUCUGGAUUGGUUAAAUCCGGUUUUGCUGGUGAUGACGCCCCAAGAGCGGUAUUCCCUUCCAUCGUCGGGAGACCGAGACAUCAAGGUGUAAUGGUAGGAAUGGGACAAAAAGACAGUUACGUCGGAGAUGAAGCACAAAGCAAGAGAGGUAUCUUGACUCUCAAGUACCCGAUUGAACACGGAAUCAUCACUAACUGGGAUGACAUGGAGAAGAUCUGGCAUCACACGAUGUACAAUGAACUUCGCGUCGCUCCUGAAGAGCAUCCAACUCUUCUCACGGAAGCUCCACUCAAUCCCAAAGCCAACAGAGAAAAGAUGACACAAAUUAUGUUCGAAACUUUCAAUGUACCAGCAAUGUACGUUGCAAUCCAAGCUGUACUGUCACUCUAUGCAUCCGGUAGAACCACUGGUAUUGUUAUGGACGCUGGGGAUGGUGUCUCUCACAAUGUACCAAUCUACGAGGGAUACGCUCUCCCACACGCAAUUGCCAGGUUGGAUUUGGCAGGUCGCGACCUCACCGACUACUUGAUGAAGAUUUUAACCGAGAGAGGAUACUCCUUCGUUACAACGGCCGAACGUGAAAUUGUUCGAGAUAUCAAAGAAAAGCUAUGCUACGUUGCUCUCGACUUUGAACAAGAAAUGGCCACCGCAGCCUCAUCUACAUCUCUCGAGAAGAGCUACGAGCUUCCAGACGGACAAGUUAUUACCAUAGGAAAUGAGAGAUUCCGUUGCCCUGAAACUCUUUUCCAACCUUCAUUUAUCGGAAUGGAAUCCGCUGGUAUUCACGAAACAACCUAUAACUCUAUUAUGAAGUGUGAUAUCGAUAUUCGUAAGGACUUAUACGCCAAUAACGUUCUCUCCGGGGGAACCACAAUGUACCCCGGUAUUGCGGAUCGUAUGCAAAAAGAAAUAACCGCACUUGCACCAAGCACAAUGAAAAUCAAGAUCAUCGCUCCUCCAGAAAGAAAAUAUUCUGUAUGGAUCGGAGGAUCAAUUCUAGCAUCACUCUCAACCUUCCAGCAAAUGUGGAUUUCGAAACAGGAAUACGACGAAGCUGGCCCUUCAAUCGUCCACAGAAAAUGCUUCUAACUCAACAAUAUUUAUAUCAAAACAAACUUUACCAGGAUUAGAAACAAACAAAUCAUUUGAAAAUAAAUUUAUGAGAACUAGUUCAAUAACAUUGAAAUUCAUUCGUUGACAAUAUAUAUUUCCAACAUCAA